AGGUUAAGGAUACACAAAAAUGAGACCGUCACAAAUUCUCGCUUCUCGCAUGGACACAAGAACACCAUUGCCGCCACCUCUGUCGACAACGAGAGAUGGAGACGACGGCAAUACAGCAACGAGUUGAAAAGCCAACACAGCUUCACUCAUAAUCCCUCACCCGCCAGAAGGUUUCAUCUCGAAACAGCCCUCGCCAUCACCAUGAGUGUAUCCCCACGACUUGUUGGCAAUUGCCUUCAUACUCUCAAUCUCUUGAACAUUUUUCUUUACGGUUCUGUGAUCUAUGCAUUUGGAACCAAUCCACAAUCCACUGUGUUUGACAAGUCAUGGCUACAAGAAGGUUUCUGCAUGCCGCAUCCAGAUGUCGAUUACCAGACAACUCACGACCUCUCUGGUCAUGUGAUGGUCGUCAUUAGUCUUUUGGGCCUUGCCCUCCAACGGUGUCUGAGCCACCGGCAGGCCUCCAAGUCCACAACAGCAACCGAGUCAACUCUUUCUAAAGCCGACACCCUUACAUUUUGGGCCCUCAUUGGAGCCUUGGGGCAUGCUUGGGGUCACUACUUUCUAGCGUUUUCUCAUCGAGAGCAAUUCUUUCCACCAUCCGAGGAAUCCUUCAUGGACGACCUCUUGAGAAGCAGUCUUCCUGAAGCGAUUGGAAAAGCAUGCCCUGGAUUGCCCUUCUUUUGGAUGCCACUCGUUCAAACCUACAUGAUCAACACAGCCAAGGGACGAGUGGCCAUUGUGGCCUUCUUUUGUUGGUUUUUCAGUCUCCUCAUGCAAGUUCGCUUUGGGUUCAGCUACGCCCAAAGCGUUCUAUUUGCUGGAAUGUCUGUGGAUCAGCUCUUGCUGCCUGAUUCAGAAAAGGGGUUUGAAUAUGCACUGUGGCCUUUGAUCACUACAGUUCCCAGUGGAAUCUUUGCUUGGCUAGAGAGCACCUCCUGUUCCAGCAAUUCGAUGAUGCAGCAACAUGGACACCUCAUCUAUGAUGUGUACAUGGCAUCAUCCUACAUUCUGUUUUACUUGAUCUGCUGGACCAGGGCCAACUACAGUGUGGUCAAGACAAAGACAGUGUAGGAAAGUGGAGAAUGAAUACUAGCUAGUAGAUUGAUUAGACCUUUAGAAAUGUAAAUGUAUUAAACGCAAGUCCAUUGCGAUGAGCUGUGAAU